AAAAAAAUAUUCAAUUUUUUUUCCAGGUUCCGAAAUGCUAAAAGAGGCAAUAAAAGSCAACACAGAAAACCAAACUAAAUUCAUGGCUGCACACGACGUUCCCAGUGCAAAGACAGAUGAAAUCUUUACCAAUCUGACAGUAUAUUAUGCAGAUAAAAAACAAGAGAAAAAAGAGCAAGCAAAAGACCUGGGUAGAAGUAAACGGCUGAAAGGAUACACCAAAAGUAGAAUGACAGGUUGUAAAGUUGAGAAAUACGAAGAUAUUUUCAUUGACAUGAAAGGAGAAAAUCCAAAAUUACUUCUUACCGGUAAACCCGGGAUAGGUAAAACCUUUCUCUGUGAGAAAUUCAUACGAGAUUGGUCUAUGAAUAGAAUAUUUCAAAASGAAAACACUCCUAAUAUUCAGUUCGCCUACCUGUUGAAGUUCCGUCAGCUCAGUUUACAGGGCGACAAARAGAUGAAUUUACAAGAAUUACUGAAUUGUUCGCCCCUUCUUGACCACAAUUCAGUCAUCAACGAUUCAUUAUUUGAACAUUUGAUUCAAAAUCCCUCCAAGGUACUGAUCAUCUUGGACGGGUUUGAUGAAUGUUCAGAACAGCACCGUAAACAAAUCACUAGCAAUUUUGAGAAAAAAUAUCCAAAUGAUUCCAAAAAAGAGAUGCCAAUCCCUGCACUUUGUUCUAAACUGAUCAAAGGAAUAUUUUUUAAAAAUUCUGUUGUGCUGGUAUCUUCAAGGCCAGGCAAGGCCGAGAAGUUGGGGAAAGUCCAAUUUGAUCGAUACGUAGAAAUCUCGGGCUUUUCACCUGAACAAGUCACUGAGUAUGUUGACAAAUAUUUCAGCGAAAAAGAACAAACAAAAAAGGUGGUACGCGAACACAUAGAAAAAAAUAAGAACCUAAUAAGUUUUUGUCAUAUUCCGCUAUUGUCUUUUUUGUUGUGCUGGUGUUUAGAAUGGCGAAUUAGUCGUUCAGGAAUCACAGAAAAUCUACCCGCUAAAAUAACUGAUCUUUAUGAUGAUGUUGCUAAAGUCUUGGUACAAAAACUCCAUGCAAAUCUCAAAUAUUCAGAAAUGUCAGAAUAUGCAAAGCAAAUAGCUGAAGAAACACUAGAUAAACUAGCUAAAUUAGCAGCUAAUUUACUGAAGGAAAGUAAAUAUAUUUUUGACGAAGAAGACAUGAAAAAACUAGACCUUACCGAUGACGAAAUUGAAAACUUGAAAGUAAGCGGCAUUCUUCAUUGUGUUCCUGGAAUUAGAAUUACUCCUUUUGAAACAAAAGCAGAGUUUAGUUUCACUCAUUUGACUCUGCAGGAAUAUCUCUCUGCUUCUUUUUUUGUAAAAAAUAACGAAAUCCCAGAGGGCAUGAGUGAGCAGACGUUGGUGUUCAUGUGUGGACGUUUGUCAAAGAUAAAAGAUGGAGAACAACUAAUGAGUAAACUAAUCCAACAGAUAGCACCAGAGUGUUAUCCUGUUGAGUAUAAUAAAGUGCUAGUGUUACAGUGUCUGUACGAGUAUGGAGAGCGAGAACUAACUUCAACGAUCAUAAAUGAUCGGUAUCAAUUUGGGGAAAUAUGUUUUUGUAGAGCAACUGAUGCUGAGGUGGAAUACUUAACCUUUGUGUUGGAUAGCAUUCGUUCACUAAAAGAACAACAACAGUCAUCCACAUUGAACAUCAGUCAGUCGUCUUUAACCUUGUUUGGUGUUGGUGUUGUUUGUCGUUCACUUGUUGGUAAUUCGUUCAUAACUAAACUGGACCUGUCAGAGUGCAGUUUAGAUGAUAAAUGCGUAGAAAAAAUAACUGAAUCAUUAGAAAACACUGGAAUAACCCACCUAGACCCGAAGUAUAGUGAAAUAACAGACGAAGGAGUGAAAAGUAUUUGUAGUGUACUAACACAAACUAAAAUAACCCACCUAGACCUAAGUGGGAAUUAUAUUAUGGAUGAAGGAGCAGAGAGUAUUUGUAGUGUACUAACACAAACUAAAAUAACCCACCUAGACCUAGGGGAUAAUAAUAUUACAGAUGAAGGAGUGAAGAGUAUUUGUAGUGUACUAACACAAACUAAAAUAACCCGCCUAGACCUUUGGAAUAAUAAUAUUACAGAUGAAGGAGCAGAGAGUAUUUGUAGGGUCAUCAUACGAGAUGAUUGUCAAGUAGAAUACUUAGAUUUAUCUGACAAUAACAGAAUAACUGCAGAAUGUAAGGAACGUGUAAAACAACUUGUAAAAAAACACAAACCUGGUGUUGAAUUCCAUAUUAGAUGAAUGAAAAAGAGAAUUAUACUGAAAUAUAUCUGUAAUUAUUCGUACAAUAUUGUAUUAGAUGAUAAAAUAAAUAUUGGAGUUUAAUCU